AUGGGCUCGCAGGAGAAUGCAGAGGACCACUGCGUUAACCCGGCGCCGUUACGGGCGCACGUGGUGCAGAACGACAAAAACGCACAUCGCAUCACCAACCAGCAGCUGUUGGAGCGGUGUGCCUCGCUGUUCCCCUUCUACACCUUGCCCGACGCCCACAGCAGCCCCGACGAGUCACCUUUGAAAGUGGAGGAAGCUAAAGCUCGAGAGCGAAGACGUUCGGAUCAACUUGCUGAAACGCUGAACGACGCGAAGCUGCCACCCAGCCUAGAGGAAGGCUCGGCCGCAGAACUUAAACUUAUUCGUCCAAUUAAUGUGGGCGCCUACGGCACACUUUUUUUGGCCUCCAAGGGGUCAAUGCGGCGAAACGCAAGUACGACCGGUGAGUCUGAUGCCCCUUCUGCACUGCUUUCUUCGCAACAGCUAUCCUUGAACGGAUUUCAAUUUCCGCCCUCUCAACAACAGCAGCUUUUCGCUGUAAAGUUUGUUGAGUGUGAACGCGACGGUGAGGCAACCCAAAGGUCGCUUCGCAGGGAAAUCGAAUGCCAUCAAUCGUGUGAUUUUUUUUCUAUUUUGCGCCUCUAUGGAGGUUUCACACGACGGAGACACCCGGGGGAUCCACCCGACCCGGUAAGUAACCCCAUCAUUGCGCAGGUGUUGGAGAUGGAGUACGCCAACAACGGUGACCUCCGCCAGGAAAUUCGGUCACGUGUAAAGAAGGGAAACAAGUUCUUCUCCGUGCGUAACGCCCUGCUUAUUUUUGUGCAGGUUGUCCUGGCAGUUUACUACCUGCACAACCAAGGGAUUGUGCAUCGUGACGUUAAGGCAGGAAACGUACUCCUAUUUAGCAACGGGUUGGUGAAAUUAGGUGACUUUGGGCUUAGCAAAUUUAUUCCCGCCGGCGAAAAUGUGAAAGUUAUUGGUUCAGUUGUGGGGACGCCGCAAUACCUCGCACCUGAAAUAUGGCAACGUAAGCCGUAUGGGACGAAGGCGGACAUCUUUUCCCUUGGGGUCCUCUUGUAUGAAAUUUUCUCGCUAAAGCGACCAUUUGAGGGGGAGGCUCCUGGUGAAAUCAGGCAACGCAUAUUAGAAGAAACGCCUGAAAUACCGCCGCACUUCCCCUCUGAAGUUGCGACUAUCGUGCGUGCCCUGUUAGAGAAAAACCCUGAUUUGCGUCCUUCCGCCUUGGACCUCCUGUUGAUGCCGCUAAUGCGACUCACCUUGGCGACGCUGCUGGAGUCUGUUGUUAGUAAUGGUAUGGAAUACAGUUUUCGACAUGGGCGAGAAAGAGUGAAUAGCACUUACGCUGAAACUUCCACUGACAAAUUUCCGCAGAUGAAAGGAAGGCCUAGUUUAGACUGUUGUCUCUCAUUCUCUGAACGAAAGAAAGUGUUGCUUGAUUUGAGCUGUGUAUACAGGCAACUUCUCAAUCAGGCGGUAGCUCUGUCGGAUGGAGCAAGCCGACUCAAACCUGAGUUAUCUGAUGUGAAUGGCCCGGUAACAGCAGAUUCGCGGGUGCUUCUUGAAGGUGUCCUUCACAAAGAAAGCUCUGGAAGCUGGAAAUUGCGCUAUUUGUGCCUGCAGUGGGCAAUGCUUCCAGAUGUUAACGAGGAGACACAAAAAUUAGCGCAUCCGAGAGCUAUUGAACUGGUUUUGUUCUUAAGAAAGGGUUCACCCGAAAAACUUUCUAAGUGUAUGAGUUUCUUUAUUGACUGCUUCGUGGUUACUGAGGGCUACGCCAUGGACGAGGCAAAGUAUGUAUUUGCAUUGCUUACCAAGACAGGGAAAAAGAUAUGGUUUCAAGCCGCGUGCGAGGAAGAGCGUCAGCAGUGGAUAUCCUUUUGCCUUGCCUCCAUUCACUACCAACACAUGGCUGAGGAGGCGUUUUCCCCAGUGGGUGACUCGACCUUGUUCCAGCACAUUGAUUCCACCAGCUGCUUUGAAAGCCCGCGGGCACUAUCGGUCUUUGCUGCGGAUACUGUGCCACAACGCUGCAGAAGUGGCGUUGAGUCUAAUCUGGGGAAGGACACGCAAAUUCAUCUUCCACCUGGUGACGACACCACACCUCCCCCUGUAUUUCCCCCCGAAUAG